AAAUUGGGCAGAUCAAGUUCUCGUCUCUGCUGCUGGCCAUUUUUGUUCCGGCGAAAGUCCAAUUUUUUAAAGAAAUUCAUUUUUUUCGAAACAUUUUUCGAAAUGGGCUGGGGUGAGUAUCCGGCAGAGUACAAUGCAAAGGUGCACGGACCAUACGAUCCGGCCCGGUGGUAUGGAAAGCCUGACACUGCCUUCAGCCAGGUCAAGAUUGGAGAACUGCCUGCUUGGUUGGCGAGACGUAACAAGUCGCCGAUGGCGUUGGGACAAGCAAUUGGUCGUGCUUGGUGGCGGUGGAACCACAAAUACACGUUCCCACUGAAAGCUGGAAUUACUGGUCAUGCUCAACUGACCGUUGGCUUGAUGGCGUUCUUCUAUUUCAUUAAUUACACGAAAUACCGUAAACACAGGUUCUACAAGUACCAUUAAAUCAACCUUGCUGUUGUUCAAGUCAAUAAAAUCAACGGCCGGCAUCAUAAUGUAAUUGGGACAUAAAAUCAGAACAAAAUUCAAAAAGAAAGAAAAUGAAUUUAGCCAUGGCGUAGUUAACAAACUGUAAGUGUAAUUAAAAAAUUGAGUUGUAUCUAUUGUAGGGAGGAUAUGCUUUCCGAAGUCAUGUUUAUGAUAUGAGGUCCUUAUGAAUCCUUUAAAUUUUAGUAGUAAAUAAAUAAUGUAAAUGGCUAUA